GUUGCCUUACCACGUGCACUGGCUACCGUGUUGCAAUGUCCGUUAGCAAUAUAGAACGGCAACAUUCGGAGGAGCGGUCUGUUGUGACGAAGAAGCACCAUGGCCAGAAAAUCAGCAACAAGAUUAGAAAGAAAAUGCAAAGAGGAGAGAAAUUCUUCUCGCUCGAGUUUUUUCCUCCUCGUACAGUCACUGGAGCCAUCAAUUUGACGUCUCGAUUUGACAGAAUGGGGCUAGGAGGGCCACUGUUUUGUGAUGUGACGUGGCAUCUUGCUGGAAAUCCAUCAGGAGACUCGGAAACUUCGUCGAUGACUAUCGCGAGCACGGCACUCAACUACUGUGGUUUGGAGACAAUGCUACAUCUGACGUGCACCAAUGCGACGAAAGAUGAUAUCACUUUGUACCUGAAGAAAGCCAAACGACAAGGAAUUCGCAACAUUUUGGCUUUACGAGGAGAUUCUACAGAUGGUGGUGAGUGGAAAAGUCAAGAGAAUGGCUUUUCCUACUCUACAGAUCUUGUUCGUCACAUUCGAGAGCAAUUUGGUGAUUAUUUUGGAAUCUGUGUAGCAGGUUAUCCAAAUGGCCACCCUGACUGCAGCAGCUAUGAGGAAGAUCUUCAGCAUCUUAAAGAGAAAGUGGAUGCUGGUGCUGAUUUCAUAAUCACUCAACUCUUUUUUCGCUCUGAAGUUUUUUUCAAAUACGUGCAAGACUGCAGAGCUCUUGGCAUUACUGUGCCAAUUAUUCCAGGUGUCAUGCCCAUACAGGGCUAUGCAUCUUUACGGCAUCUAGUUCAGUUAUCCAAGUUGGAGGUUCCACAUGAAAUUCGAGAUGCUGUUGAGCCAAUCAAACAUGAUGAUGAGGCUAUUCGUGAGUUUGGCGUAAUUCAAUGUACCAAGCUGUGCCAAGAACUGCUUGAUGCCGGGACUCCUGGCAUUCAUUUCUACACUCUUAACCGUGAGGUUGCUGUUCGUGAAGUUCUUAAGCAUUUGGGAAUGUGGAAUGAGAAUCCUGCUAAACGACCAUUGCCAUGGCGGCCAUCGGCUAAUGCAAAGCGAAGUGAAGAAGAUGUGAGACCAAUCUUUUGGGCAUCACGACCAAAGAGUUACAUCCACCGCACACAAGAAUGGGACGAGUUUCCCAAUGGAAGAUGGGGCAAUUCAUCCAGCCCUGCAUUUGGUGAUUUAAAGGAUCAUUACCUCUUUUACUUGACAAGCAAAGACAAGCCAGCAGACUUGAAGAAAAUGUGGGGAGAAGAACUAAGAGACAAAACAGAUGUGGCAAAGACGUUCGCAUGUUACAUUACUGGAGAACUAAAUGCUGCAGGCGUGAAGGUGACGAAACUGCCAUGGAAUGAUGAUGAAUUGGCUCUUGAAACAAGUCUUAUUGUAGAGCAGCUUGCUUUUCUCAAUAGUCACGGAAUAUUGACCAUCAACUCUCAGCCAUCUGUCAAUGCUACGCCUUCUAAUGAUUCCAAGUUUGGAUGGGGUGGACCUGGAGGAUACGUCUACCAGAAGGCAUAUCUGGAGUUCUUCACAAGCUCUGCCAUGGUCAAUAUUCUACUAGAUGUUCUAGAAGACUACAAAUGGAUCAACUAUCACGUCAUCAACCAUGAUGGAAGCAAAGAGAUGACAAACAGUGAUGAGAAAUUGCCAAUAGCUGUGACAUGGGGUGUUUUUCCUGGCAAAGAAAUAAUCCAACCGACAGUUGUAGAUCCUGUUAGCUUUCAUUUCUGGAAGGUAAGUAGUGGUAAUGUAAAUAUGAAAAUUAAUUUAUAUCAUCAAAUGAUUGACAGGAGGGGAAUGCUGUUAGACUAACCCAUCUAAGCCGUCCACACUAGACCAGAGUGGAUCCUGAUUGGAUCUCUAACAUUCGAUCAUGAUCCAAUCAGACUGGCAAGCAUCCACACUGCACUUUCAAAACAAUACCUCCAUCUCUUUUCAGUAUCACGUGACUGGUGUGUGUGAGUGGGUGGGUGGGUUCUUUGGAUCGCUAUCCAGUUGCCAGUGUGAACAGGACUUUUUCAGUGUGUUGAACUUUCAAGGGAUGGGACUCAUGGCGGUUUGUUGUAUGUGGGUUUGUUGAAGUGUUGGUGAUCUAACUGGCAUAUUAGUGAUCUGGUUCUACCUUAAUUGUUUAUUUGUACUAGUAGCUUUGCUUGUUGCAAUGUAAUUAUCUAAACAUGAAAACUUGUUGCAUUCUGUCUUUUGUGUGAAAGAGUUUGGUAUAAUUGUUGUAGAUUAGAUGUUAGUCAUGUUACAAGCAGUUGGUGAGCAUUC